AUGAGGAACAAUGUCCUGUACAAGAAAAACUAUGAUCCUAUGGGACAGCAAUUGCUUCUAGUAGUACCGAAACAACUUCGCCGGGAUAUCCUGAUGAGUGUUCACGAUGCCCCGACCGCCGGGCAUCUCGGGUUUGCCAAAACAUACGACCGCAUAAGAAGGAAAUAUUAUUGGCCGGGGUUAUAUGGAAGCGUGCGCCAAAGACGGAAAUCUCCGCCUCAACUCCCAUCGGGACAACUUCAUCCGAUAAAACCUCCCGACAUACCAUUUGCCAAAAUUGGAAUAGAUCUGCUGGGACGCUUUCCAGUCACUCGACACGGAAACCGAUGGAUCGUCGUUUGUACAGACUACUUGACGCGAUUCACAGUUACCAAAGCGUUGCCAUCUGCUGAAGCCACUGAAAUCGCCCAGUUUUUAGUAGAAGAAAUUAUACUAAAGCAUGGUGCUCCGAAAGAAAUGAUAAGUGAUAGAGGACGUUCAUUCUUAUCUAAUCUAGUGAAAACUAUCAACCAGCUGUGCCAGACGUCUCAUCUUCUUACGACUGCUUACCAUCCACAAACCAAUGACUUGACCGAGAGAUUCAACAAAACGUUAGCAGACAUGUUGUCUAUGUACGUGGACGUCGAGCAGCGAAACUGGGAUAGCAUCCUACCCUUGUGA